AUGAACGGGGCUCAAUUCACAGAUAGGGCCAACAAGGCCUUACUGGAUUCCAACACUUUAGCCGAACAAUAUUCGCACCUUCAAAUUCUUCCCCUUCAUCUUGCAGUGGCGCUUCUCAAUCCCGCUCCGGAUGAGUCGAAAGACCAGGAAGCCCCCUCCCACCCUUCUCACGAUUCCGCUUCCGCUCCCCUCUUCCGUCAGGUCGUCGAACGCGCUCAUGGCGACCCUCAGCUAUUGGACCGAGCACUCAUGAAGAUGCUCGUCCGUUUGCCCAGUCAGGACCCGCCCCCCGAGACCGUUAGCAUCUCGCCGGCGCUUGCCAAGGUCGUCCGUGCCGCCACCGACUUGUCCAAGACACAGAAAGACAGUUUCGUGGCCAUUGACCACCUGAUUUUAGCUAUUGCCCAGGAUUCGCAGGUCCAGCGGGCGCUGGCAGAUUCCAAUAUUCCGAAUGUCAAACUCAUCGAUAGCGCAGUACAGCAGAUUCGGGGGUCCAAGCGUGUGGACUCCAAGACGGCGGAUUCGGAGACUGAAAACGAAAACCUCAAGAAGUUUACCAUUGAUAUGACCUCGCUGGCUCGCGAGGGUAAGGUCGACCCCGUCAUUGGUCGUGAGGAGGAAAUCCGUCGGGUCAUCCGGAUCCUGAGCCGUCGGACGAAGAACAACCCCGUGCUCAUCGGCGAGCCGGGUGUUGGAAAGACCACAAUCGUGGAGGGAUUGGCUCGUCGGAUCGUCAAUGCCGAUGUGCCGGCGAACCUCGCCCAGUGCAAGUUGCUUUCCCUGGAUGUCGGAUCGCUAGUCGCGGGAAGCAAGUACCGCGGUGAAUUCGAAGAGCGAAUGAAGGGUGUUCUCAAGGAGAUCGAAGAGUCCCGAGAUACUAUUGUGCUGUUCGUCGAUGAGAUCCACCUUCUCAUGGGGGCAGGAUCUAGUGGCGAAGGUGGCAUGGAUGCCGCUAAUCUGCUCAAACCCAUGCUCGCUCGCGGUCAGUUGCAUUGUAUCGGCGCUACCACGCUGGGCGAAUACCGCAAGUACAUCGAGAAAGACCAGGCCUUCGAAAGACGAUUCCAACAGGUCUUAGUCAAGGAGCCUUCCGUUAACGAGACUAUUUCCAUCCUUCGUGGCUUGAAGGAGAGGUAUGAGGUACACCACAACGUCAAUAUCCUCGAUGGUGCCAUUGUCUCCGCGGCUACUCUAGCAGCGCGGUAUCUGACGGCCCGACGACUUCCCGAUUCGGCCGUUGAUCUGAUCGAUGAGGCCGCGGCGGCCGUGCGAGUGACUCGGGAAUCCGAACCAGAGGCACUGGAUAACCUCGAGAGAAAGCACCGCCAACUCCAGAUUGAAAUCCAUGCGCUUGAACGCGAGACCGAUGAGGCGUCUAAAGCCCGCUUGGAGGCUGCCAAGCAGGAAGCGGCCAAUGUGGCGGAGGAACUACGACCCAUGCGCGAGAAGUACGAAAACGAGAAGCAGCGCAGCAAGUCUAUCCAAGAUGCUAAGAUCAAGCUCGAUUCCCUCAAGAUCAAGCGAGACGAAGCCGAGCGUUCUGGCGAUACGCAGACAGCGGCCGACUUGGAGUACUAUGCCAUCCCAGAGACCAAGAACCUCAUCGAGAGACUCGAGGAGGAUCGGGCGCGGGCGGACGCCGAAAAUCGCGCUCGUGCAGGCGACGCUGGGGAGGCCUUGCUUGCCGACUCAGUCGGACCCGACCAGAUCAAUGAGAUCGUUGCCAGAUGGACCGGAAUUCCUGUGACCCGACUCAAGACCACCGAGAAGGACAAACUGUUGAAGAUGGAAAAGGACCUGGGCAAGGUUGUGGUGGGGCAGAAGGAAGCUGUGACGUCGGUAUCCAACGCCAUCCGGCUUCAACGGUCUGGCCUCAGCAACCCCAACUCGCCUCCAAGCUUCCUCUUCUGCGGACCGUCAGGAACGGGCAAGACCUUGUUGACCAAGGCCCUGGCGGAGUUCCUUUUCGACGACCCUAAGGCGAUGAUCCGAUUCGACAUGUCCGAAUAUCAGGAACGACACUCGCUAAGCCGAAUGAUCGGUGCUCCCCCAGGGUACGUCGGACACGAUGCCGGAGGCCAACUCACUGAAAGCCUCCGGCGGCGCCCCUUCUCCAUCCUCCUGUUCGACGAAGUCGAGAAGGCGGCCAAGGAAGUGCUCACCGUCCUCCUCCAGCUCAUGGACGACGGCCGUAUUACCGACGGACAAGGCAGGGUCGUCGAUGCUCGGAACUGCAUCGUGGUCAUGACCUCAAACCUGGGUGCCGAGUAUCUGUCCCGCCCGACCACUAAGGACGGGCGUAUCGACACACAGACGCGCGAGCUGAUUAUGCGUGCCCUGCGCGACUACUUCCUGCCGGAGUUCCUCAACCGGAUCUCCAGCAUCGUCAUCUUCAACCGACUCACCAAGCGCGAAAUCCGCAAGAUCGUCGAUCUGCGUCUCGGCGAAAUCCAGCGUCGUCUGGAACAAAACGGCCGCAACGUCACCAUCGAAUGCAGCGAAGAAGUCAAAGACUACCUCGGCGAGUCAGGGUACUCACCCGCGUACGGCGCUCGUCCGCUGGCCCGGAUCAUCGAACGCGAGGUGCUCAACCGUCUGGCCAUACUUAUCCUACGGGGCAGUAUUGUCGACGGCGAGGUGGCUCGCGUGGUGAUGCGCGAUGGUCGCAUCGACGUCCUGCCGAACCAUGAGAUUGCCGUCGAUGAAGACCAAGACAUGAUGGAUGAAGAUGACGACGCAUUAGCGGAGAUGGAAGACGGCAGUGGCGGUAUGGAUUUGUAUGAAUAA